AUCGACAACGUCGAAGAGACGUCUCUUCCUUCGGCUUCGUCAACUUGCGUGUCUGAUCAAAUUUUUAUGCUCUCAAAUGGCUAGUAAACAACAGAGCGAGGAAGAAGAUUUUGCUUUGGCUUUUGCUAUGCAAAUGUCUUUAUAUGACACGGAGUCAGUUGAAAAAAACGAUUUCUCAAGUCAGUUUGAUGAAGAUAGGGCGCUCGCGAAAGCGAUUGCAGACUCAGAAAAAGAUUUUAGAGAUAGAGGCCGGCUAUCUUCAUUUCCAGUGAACAUUGAGGUCCAACAAUGCUCUAAGACACUUGAAAUCGAGGGUAAACCAGCCCUAACACACCAGAUAAUAAAUGGCUACGUCGAUCAUUGCACACAUGGUUGCAAGGAAUGCAGACAUGCCAUGCAAAUGGCGCGUCUUACUGUCACAGACGCAAAAGAAGAGUGGUUUCGUAAGAACAUGGAAAUAACAGUUUAUGCCGAACAUUUCUCUUUGAAAUUCUGGUCUGGUGCUCGGCAAAACAAAAUCGUUGUUCAGGUGGUUGCAGGGUCGAUAGAAGUCACAGUAACUGAGGAAAGUUGGCGGGCGUGGUUUCAAAGAGUUGUAAAGAAAUCCUGGGAUAUUUUUAAAAAUGUUGCGAUCUUCGUUAUAGAUAAAGGGAUAAGUAUACUGACCAUGGGUCCAGUCGGAGCUAUUGCAGGUGCAGCUUUUAAGGCUAUUGCAGAAUAACUUUAACCGAAGCUAGAAAGGAAUUGUUACAUAAAUUGAAAAAAUGAUAUAUCACCAGGAUACAAGCGAUUGAAGAUUCGUACGUCAAAUAUAUCUAGCAGACGUUUUGGUAUUUAGUUAAAUCUAGUGUGAAAGUCACCUUAUCGGGUAUGAUAUAUGCUAUUGUUAAUUGCAUGUCUAAUACGUUGUUGUUUGUCUAUGUCCAUGUCCACGUCGUUGUCCUUUUCAAUGCAUGUGCAUGUCUAUGUCUAUAUAUGAUUAUUAGAAAACGUAGAACAUUUUUAUAUGUUGCUACGUGGUAUUUUAAAAUUACUUUGAACUGUACAUGAUAGAAGUUACGUUUAAAUUAUUAUAUUAGUAAUAUGAUUGUAUCAUGCAGGACCCCACUAAAAAACACUUUAGGUGAUUUGAGCAUCUUGAUAUUAUUAUCAUUAUAAUUAUAUUUAA